UCCGCCAGCGUCGUGCACGUUGCGUGCAUUGUUGUCGCCACUACAUACGCUCUUGUCGCUGGGUGUCAACUGUGCGAAGAAGCUCGGACGAUCAGUUGGCGCAUCGCCGCUGUACCGUAGUCGAACAAGCCGGCCGUGAGUCAAAGGGUCCGUCGAAUUGGAAGAGGUCAGCGAUGCCCUGGCGAGUUGACGACGAGACGCCUAGCUCAUCGGUGUGUUUAGUACCGGAAUCGACCUUGAAACGUGUCGAUGCACUGGAAUGCGCAUCGGCUGAGUCGACGUCACUCCCGUUACGUCAUCGCUGCGCGCGUCUGGCUUGGAGAGUGCUCGUCUUCUGUCUCCUGUGGCCGUACUUCCUGCUCCGCCUGCUGUGUCGCGCCUGGUUGCGCCUGCUCAAGUACUUCCUACUGCGCACCACUAGCGUCAUCCUUCUGCUGGGCGUUGGCUCCUUCGUCUGCUACAAGCUCUACUGCCAGCUGAGGCAGCGCUUCCGCAGGCGCAAGAAGAGGGACACAGCGACGCUGCGGAAGGCCCACGUGCGGAGCUGGAUAUCCAGAGUCCAACACGGAAAAGUGCAGGAGUGCUACUUAGAGAGCGACAAUGAGUCCGAGAUCAGCGAGGCAUCGCUACCUGACACGAGCCAGGCAUCUUUUGGCGACAUUCCCCAGCCCGUGACUGAGCAUGCCCAAGCUGAAAACAAAUGUGAUGCCAGCUCAAGCUGCGGUGGUGGCUUCCUGAGUGACGACGACAUUUGGGACAUGGGGGUAACGUCGAGCAACCCUUACGAGCCGGUGCGCUUCGAUAGCCAGUCGGGGGACGUGCGCUUUCAGGGAUGUGCACAGCCCAAGGCUUCGACACCACUCAACAUUGCUAAAAACAACCAGAAGGGCGGCAGCGUGCGUCAUCGCAACAAGAAAGCAAAGCCAGCAGGAAGUCCCGGCACACGGCAGACAGACCACAAUCCGAAGGCGAACCCGAGCUCUAAGGCAGGCAGCGGGUCCGGAGACAUCUCGGCAUCCGUCAAGAACAACAACAACAACGUAGACGACCGAGCGCCGCUGUCUGAUGAUUCCAUCUCCCAAGAGCCUGAGGGUCUACUAGAUUCGCUUUCCUAUGAAGGUGGUGGCGAGGCAGCAACGCCAUGGGCAAAUGACACAGUCUCCCUUUUCGCCAACUUCAGCAUCGGCUCGCUAAGCGAACGCAACCGGCGCACGGAAGAGCUCAUCUCAUCUCGCGCCGACACCCAGGGAGAGGACACCGAUGACUUCUCCAUGAGUGGCAUGGUCUCAGACUCCGCGCUGCUAAGGCUCCGCAAUUCACACUCUCACCAGCUUUCUGUGGACAGCGAAGCGUCCGACUUGAGUAUCUUUGAAAAGGCGCAGGCGCCGCUGGAGGUUCCCUGUGAGGCGUUUGAGACCAUCGACAAGAUAGAGACCAUCCUCCACGACACGAAGCAAGAGCUGCUUGACCUCGAUGCAGAUUUGGUCAGCCUCCGCGUGUUCCAGAAACUCCCAGCAAACUACGACGUUGUGCUGGGCGAUGCCGGAAAGAAAAGCGGCGACGAAUUUUCCAGCCGCCGUGCCAGCACUCGCGACGCGGAGAUCCGUACAGACAGCGGCAGCGACUUUGGAAAUUCUCUAGAGUCGGACAGCGAGAGGCUGGUCAGAAAUUCAUCUGGGCCCAGCUUGGAGUGGGACUCGCUUUCACUGCCAAAGCAACCGGUGGAGCUGCAGCACGAGUCAGACUCCACGGACUUUGGCACGUUCAGCGAGUGGUCUGAGAGCGAGGAUGGUGGCGGUGCACCCCGCCCGAGCGUGCUUGGCGUCGUGCGUCGCCACAGCAGCGGCAGCAUUCACAGCAAGGGCACACUCCGCGAGGAGAUUCAGCGCAUUCUCUACGCAGAAUCUGAAUCGUGGAAGCGUAACCUCGCGCGGAGCCAGACACUGCCGUUGGACCAAAGCUUGCCCGAGUCGGAACAGAACUGCGACGCUCCGACAUGGGUGAUGCGGGAGUCUUCCUCAGUGCACAAGAUGACCACUGUUCCUGAGGAGAGCACUAUCAGCCCAAGCAGUGUGUCGGACUUUGCUUCACUUGCAGCGAGCAGUGAUAGGGACGCUUCUAUGGACACCAAUGGCAAUGACCUGAUGGAUGUGGAAAGGGACAACGAGGGCUCCAGCUUUGAAUCUGCCGAAUCGCCAGUUUGUGUUGAAGACAAAGUGUCACUGGCUGACUACAUCUUUGGGCUACGCCGAAAGAGGAAGCAACAGCCUGGUGACGGAAUGGAAAAAACCCUUGCAGCUGUACUGUCAGGACUGGAAGUGAGGUCGCUACGGCGGAUCAAAAAUGACUGCUACGCCGCCAUUCGUGCAGCUGGCUUCCAAGUUUUGGCAUCUGGAGGAUCCAUUCUCAGUGGACACAGAGGUGCCAAUGGUGUCUACCAGCGAUACCACGAUGCGUCUGUGGGCACCAAGACCUGGCUCGACGGCUGGACCUUCCAUCGAAAGUCCGCGUACACCCAGGUUCUGCAAGGAUUCUGGGAGUGCCUCUCUGCGUUACAGGACUUGGAAGAUCAGCUGCGGUUGACAGCGAGUCCAGGGGCAUUGCUCGCCAGCAAGCUCAACGAAGACCCCAAGCUUGAUGCGAAGCUCGUGGAGGCAGUCAAAAUUGUCAUGCUCAAGUCUGCUCUGGAGCUGUUUGCAGCACAGAAGGAUAGUGAUGCCCCUUGUCCCCUGUUUGCUACAGUCCUGUUUUCACAAGUCACGGCAACUUCCCCGGAGGAGCACUUGGUCAGCCAUGUCAGCCGGCUUGGCAAAAGUCGGGCAGUACCAGAGGCUGACCUCUACCUGUUGGGUUAUGCCCUAGGGACUACCCUGACUGUUGUACGGCCAGGUCAAGGAGGCAACGAAGACUACGUGAGCCGUUACCCAGAGUGGCAGGUUGGCAGUUGGCCCGAGGCUGUGCUUGUCCAACACGAGGGACGCUACUGGGCGUGCGCUACGUGACUGCCCCUGCCUUCUUAGAGAACCCUCUUGUGAAAUGCUGCGUCACGUGAACUCUCGCGAGUCGCAGCCGUGAUCGGAUUCUCUGCCGUGCUCCGGCGUCUGCACGAGCCAAAAGUGGCACGAAAUAUCUGGUCCACUGCUCCUCUGCAUUGUGGUAGCACCUGUGUCGUCUUCCCGAGAUGUUUUCAGCGAGCGGAUGGCGCACGAAGCCACUUUCACUAAAAGUGGCACACAAGGACAGCGUGGGAUGUGGAGUAGCCUCGCCAAGGCAAACGGCCGGGCCCGACGAUCUGGUUGCCACAUUGUUUUCCGUUUGGCUGACCUAAUAUGUACUGUUUCUCGUUUCUUUUAACGUUUCUCGUUCCUUUUAAUGUGUUUCCCAUUCUUUCUUUAAUAAGUCAUAUUUAAUAUGAUGCAUCAGUGGCACGGAUGGAUUAGAAUCUGCACUUCAUCUCAUUUCUGCAGCUAUACAGAACUUCAGACCACUGUGCUGCUUCUGUGUGUAUAGAGGCAUCUGCACAUAGGAGAGUGCAAUGGUGGUUGCAGUUCAUUUGUGGUCAAUGACACAUGUACUGGAUUUGAAAGCUGUCAUUGCAUCUUCCUCAGUCAGACUUGAGACGUUGAAAAGUGGAACACUCGAUUCAAGUGAAGGCUUCCAACAUACACUGUGCUUUAGUUUUAUCUUCCAACUCGGGUCUUGUAUGUACACUGUCUGAGCCAGCAGAUGAGAGCAAGGGUUUUCAGCUGGAGUUCUUGACACCUCGUCUGGGUGUACUUUUGGUUUCGGUGACACGGCUAGGUGAUGCCAAAGAGUGAGUAAGCACGAGACUCUAUACGACCCUGCGCUUAUAGCUUGUUCUCGUCGCUAAUGUGUUGCACAAAAUGUGGGAAAACUUCCCAUCCCCGUUUGGUGCUGCCUGCUCAGAAUACCAGCAAAUGGAUGAGAUGCAUUUCUGUGUCUGCGUUGCACCUCCAUGCUUUGCACAAAGCGUCUGAUGGGUGCACACAAAAGUCGGCACGCCUUGACUUUUUAGGACAAGAGAAUAAUGUAUAAAUUUACGUAAAGCGCAUGUUAUGCGCAGCUGUUGCAUCUACCCAGCACUUAAAGCACAAUUAAGCAGAGCAGCUGGCAGAAUUUAUGACGAGCAGAGCCUGUGUGCAUUAUGCUGAUGAAGACAAAAGCGUGAGCAAACUUUCACUGAGUGAGCUACGAUUGGAAUAUGUGUUAAAGUGUUCUUUAACGUGUCUGCUUUGUUCACGCUGAUGCCUUUGCUGACUCCGCAAAAAGGAAAAGUUGCUCGAUUUGGUGCGCUCCCUGUUGUACUGCCCAGUGUUGCCAGACAUGGCCAUGGCGUGCCCGCUGCCACAUUCCUUCGCACAUGACCCCGCAAGCGUAGCCUCUGUAGUACAAAAACAGUUUUGUCGAACUCGUUUUUAGGCAGCAUUCACACAGUAUUGUUGGUGUACCAAACGGCCUUUAAUCGACUGCUGGCUGGUCGGAGCCUUCAAGUUAGUUGUAAUGUGUGGAGGACCUGACUGAGCGGCCCCGGCUGCUAGUGUUGUUGUUUUCUCGAAAUACCCUUAACAGGCAAUUUUAAGAACAAUCUAAAAUUUUAUUUUUCCUCAUUCAUAUUUUGCAAUUAAACUUUCAUUUUGAGCAUGUCGAAAGAACCCUAGUUGAUCGAAAUUUCCAGAGCCUCUCAUUGCAGUGUUCUAUUCAAAUCAUAGUUUUGGUAUGUUAAACCCCAUCAAUUAUUAUAACUUUUGUAUUCACGGUUGGCAGUUUGCCAUGAUUAUCAUUUUAAUUAAUUGUAAAGUUAUGUUACAUGCUCCUGCCUAGUUUUAAUUGUAAACUUUUUGCUUUAUACAUUUAAUUCACUUUUUUUUUUCGCUUUUAUUUUGGAGCAAGAUUUUUACUUUUAACAGUGCAUGAAUGUGCCGUCUAUUGCAUUAAUGUGUAAGGUGCUCGAAAAACCUGUGCAGAAGACGACGUGAACACACCGAACAGUUGACUGUUUCCUGAAGCUACCGACCUCGUUUGUGUGCUCGUGCUGUCGUCAUGUGGCUUUUUUUUUUAGGUCUUAGGACAACAGGAAGUUCAGCUAGUUGGUACGAAUUCAUUGUAGAAUAAAUGUUUGCAAAUGCAGCCACAUGGGGAAAAAACAAACACAAGCUCCUUGUAUUUUUUUUUUUCUUUUGUGUCGGUGCUUGCAUGUCUUGUACAAAAACUUGAUGCAUUUACGUUCUUGCUGUUACGAGCUUCACACAUUACAGUGGGCGAAAAGGGCUCAAAGGCUGACCUUUCACAAGUGGUCCCCUGCUCAACACGAGUGGCAAAGCCUGGCGGUACACCCCAGAAUAUUGUUGUAAAACAAAGAGCAAUGCGCUCCGUCACUGUUCCUCGUGGUGAAAUCGAACCUCGCGUCGGCUUUCACCGUCGUUCUGCUGCAUUAAAGAUGCGCUCGCGCGGAAAGGGAGCACCUUCACUCGAUGAAUGUCGUCCUCUGCAAAUGUUUCCGCCUGUACCUUUAACAAAUAGGCUUACUAAGCACGCAAUAAUGUUGUUUCAUUAACACACCUUCAUUGCUGCCUCUCCCCAUAUUCUCUUCCUCUCGGAUCCACACAGCUUCGCAUAAUUCCAAGUGUUCUUAAAUAUUCCUGCACUGAAUGCGCUCAGCCUACUUUGAGAUUGCGAAAGCAGCACACAACCUCUUGCAUGGAGUGGUCACUACACUCUCUCUCUUCUGUAGUCCCUUGCAUAAAACUUCAUCAUCGAGAACUUUCAAUCUACUCGAGGAGUGUGGAGUGUUUCCGAAGUGAGCCCUUGCUCUCUAGGAGUGUUUCUUAGUUGGAGCAGCUGCUUCGAUGAAAAGUAUAUAACAAUGCCAUAUGCUUUGAGGAUUAGGGAGGCAUAUCCGCCUAUAGGUGGAACAAAGAACUAAGGGAACAACUAUUCUUCCAAAUGCAAUACUCCUAAAUGUGGCAGGGGAACAAGGCCUUCAGCACUGGCUGGCUCCUUCAGUCGUUUGAAAAUGUGGUUGUGCCCACGAAGCCCAACGUAACCAUGGUUGUUCAAUGCACUUGAAGCAGGCGACAUGCACUGUGUACGCUAGAGAAAAAACCAGCGCGAGCGUUUCCUUACUAGCAUGCAUGUACUCUCGGUACGAAAUAGGCAAGUCAAUGCUGGCUUCCUAAUGAUUAAAGUGUGACCAAAGCUGAGUGUUCCACAGCAUUGUAAGUCUACUAAAGAAAAGAUAUGAAAUAUCGUCAUCAAUGCUGUCGCACAAACCGGAAAACCAGUGGCACUUCAAAACUGCCUGUAACAGUGCUAAGAAGGAAAGAAGUGUACAUUUAAGGGCUCGUUUUCUUUGUUAGACAUAAUAUUGACGAGAUCUAACAGUCAUGCCAACGACAAGAUUUGCAAGAUUGUCUGUCAAAUCUCGUUAAUAUUGUAACAGUGCUAGCGAGACUACCUUGACAAGCAUGUCUAGAAAGUGAGUGCGAACGGGAAGACAACUGUAUGAUCGGGCUCUGAUACGACCGCACGGACAGUCUCUAAAAGACUGACCUACAGCGUACGUCUACGAAUCUCCCAAUGCUGCACAUAAUUCUGUAAAUAAAUAGGGAACUGGCUUCCGUGUUGUAUGUUGUGCAACACUGGAAAGGCGCCCUUCUGUGCUCACGCCUCGCUGCUUUCUGGCGAAGCCGUACAAAUACCUGAAUGGGAGGCACGCUAAACAUUCCCGCCCUCACGCACGUUUAGCGCACACAUACAUUCCUCCUUAUGGAUCCGUGUGUUAGUGACCUCAACUUUUUAUUCCAGUGUGAUCAAAACUGUGCUCACAUGUUUGUGUUAUGCAUGUUUUUCUCUGCCCUUGUGGUGUUGCACUGUCGUUUAUCAUCGGAGCUUUUCAGCACGACUUGUAUUAUGCUUUGUUCACCAGUACCUUAAGGAGAGUGAUCAUGCCAAAGGUUUUUCUUGGGUGUUGGGAAGAUCGCUAGAGAUUGUCGUGUGAAAGAUGGCUGUCUGAUGAGAGGGAAGCCUCUCGCUAAACUGUCGGUUAAUUUGCGUGCCCAUUUUUGCAUGACUUGAGAUGACAGCACCACAUCAAGGUUCCUGUGGUACUAGAGCCACAAAAUGUCGUCGGUGGCGUUGGGUUUCACAAUCUGGGCAACACAGUGCUAUGCUAAACAAGUUUCAAACUUCCGUGGAUUAGAAUUCGAAAGAAAAUCGGGCAGUAAUGAGGGCAGUUUAGCGAGAUAGACCGGCUGUGCCAAGCUCUCCUAUCAACACAGCAUCUUGCACAUUUGGGCUCACUCUGUAAAAAUGUGCGACAGGCAACAAGUACUUACAACAGGCAAAAAGUACUUGAAGCUACUUGCCACAGUUACUUGCCGUGGACUGUUGGAAAGUACUUGCGUUGAGAGUUGCUGUUGGUCAAAUGCUUGGCUAUGUACAGUUUCAGCAUGUACGGGCAGAGCGAGAGACCUAUUAUUUUUCAGCCAUGUCUCUCGACAUGUACGUAUGGCUAUUAUUAGCAAUGUAAAGAUAGUAAUAAGAGUUGAUAUUCCUUGCACUAGGUAAGCCCUGCUGUUGCCGUUUGUCGAGUACUCGCUGGUAAAGCGAGUGUAUCUAGGUCACGAGCAUGCAACGUGCCAGGGGGUCAACAAUGUGUACUAUAAGAAAUGUAUAUGGCACUGUGUGCUCUCUUAGUUGACACUGGGCUGCCGACUUGAUGUUCAAUGGAUGUACGCACAUGUUCGAAUGAAUGGUGUUGAUGGGCAUUCAAGUAUGUAUUAUACGAGGGUACAUGUGUCAACGCUGCAUCCUUGAUGAUCAUCUGUCUGUGAAUGCAGUCCGGCACUCUUCCAACGGGCCAGCAAACGAGUUACCCCAUGUGCGCUAUUGUGUUAAAAGUGCCUUUAGAUGUGAAAUUCAAAGCAAGAUGUAAAUAUAUAAAAUGUUCAUAAAAUCCA